UUUGCGUCGACUAAGUUUCAUGGCUUUAGGCAACAACAUUCUCACGGGAGAAAUUCCAUCAUGGUUAGGUGUCUUGGAUAGACUUCAAUACCUGUCCUUGAGAGAGAAUAAUUUUGUUGGCCAUCUUCCUGCUAACAUAUGCGACAACCUUCCAAAUCUAAAAAAGCUCGAUCUGUAUUGGAAUCAAUUGAGUGGCCAGCUACUAUCAGGUUUAUCAAACUGCUCCGGACUCAAGUCGUUAGAUUUGUCACUCAACCAGUUCAAUGGUUACAUACCAAAAGCGGUGGGGAACCUGAAAAUGCUUGAGGAGCUACAUCUCUAUUAUAACAAUUUGGAAGGUACUAUUCCUCCACAACUGGGAAACCUCUCAUUUCUUGUUUCUCUGGAGUUGAGCAGCAACCAUUUUCGUGGUCAUUUGCCAGAAGGAAUGUCUCAUUUGCGUCGACUAAGUUUCAUGGCUCUAAGCAACAACAAUCUCACGGGAGAAAUUCCAUCAUGGUUGGGUGUCUUGGAUAGACUUCAGUACCUAUCCUUGACAGAGAAUAAUUUUUUGGGUGAUCUUCCUGCUAACAUAUGCGACAAUCUUCCAAAUCUAAAAGAGCUCGAUCUAUCUUGGAAUCAAUUGAGUGGCCAGAUACUAUCAGGUUUAUCAAACUGCUCCGGACUCAAGUCGUUAGAUUUGUCAGCCAACCAGUUCAAUGGUUACGUACCAAAAGCGGUGGGGAACCUGAAAAUGCUUGAGGAGCUACAUCUCGAUUAUAACAAUUUAGAAGGUAGCAUUCCGGAAGUGAUGGGCAAUCUCCAGAGCUUGAGGGUCUUGUCCAUAGAAGGAUGCAAUUUGAGUGGAUCAAUACCCGGGGAAAUUGGAAACCUAACUAUGCUGGAAGGAGUAGAUUUUUCUAACAACAGCCUUACAGAUUCGAUUCCAAACGAGAUUGGCAACUUGCUCAAAUUGGCGAUCCUUGGCUUGGGUGAGAAUAGUUUAAGUGGUUCGAUAUCGGUUGGGAUCUUCAACAUGUCAACUCUGAGGAUGCUCGACCUUGCCGACAAUCAUUUAUCAGGGGUUCUUCCAUCAAAUAUGUGCCAUGGCCUACACAAUUUAGAAUACAUUGAUCUUGGUGGGAAUAACUUCAGCGGAGCCAUACCCGCCUCUAUCUCAAACUGUUCGAAACUAACUGGAAUAAAUCUUGAUGGUAACAAGUUCAGCGGUCCAAUUCCCAAUUCCAUUGGAAAUUUGAGACGUCUUGAAGUUCUAAAUCUGUUUGCUAACAAUUUGACGAGUGAAUCUUCAUCUCCAGAAUUGGGCCUCUUCACUUUCCUCACAGGUUGCAUCUCUUUAAGGGAAAUCUGGGUGGGAGACAAUCCGUUAAAUGGGGUUCUUCCGCGAUCCAUCGGGAAUCUUUCUAUUUCUGUUGAACGGUUGGAUGUACGGAACAGUGGACUCAGGGGGAACAUUCCAGACAGCAUUGGAAACUUGAGCAAUUUAGCUUUUUUAGUUCUAUGUGACAAUUGUUGGACUGGAUCAAUUCCAACAACACUAUGGGGUUUGCAAAAGCUUCAGGAUUUGGAUCUUAGCAACAUUUCCCUCACUGGUCCGCUCUCUCGUGGUCUCUGUGGAUUGCAGAGUUUGGAGUAUUUAGGCCUAAGUCAAAAUCAGAUUAGCGGUUCAAUUCCAGGAUGUUUCAAUAAUCUUACAUCUUUGUGGUAUCUUGACAUAGCUUUCAAUAGAUUAACCUCUACUCUGCCGAUGCGCUUGUGGGAUCUUAAAGGUCUUGUGUAUGUCAACUUGACAUCGAAUUUAUUGAGAGGACCUUUGGCUCCAGAAAUGGGAGAGUUAAAGGAUUUGACAAAGUUAGACUUGUCAAACAAUCAGUUUUCAGGCAAAAUCCCAAGCACCAUUUGGAGUUUAGAGAGUUUGGACCACCUUUCUUUAGCAAACAAUAGCUUACAAGGAUCAAUUCCGGGCAACCUUUGAAUUGGUACCUUUGAAUUUGGGGCUAGAAAACUGGCCCAUUACAGAGUAAUUUCUGUUGUUGGAUUCCCAAUAUACUUAAAUGUUCGCUUUUAAACAAUUAAAUGAUAACUUAGGUAUUCUUACUCUGUAAUAAAUUAAGGCUUGUGUAGACUUUCUUGGU